UUUGGAAGAACAGCUAGAAUACGGUGAUAUCCCCGAAAAUAGUGUGACCCACAGGUAAACAGGGGUCAUCAAUAUAGCCCCCCACCUCCAGUGACUUCAAAACCGCGUGGUAUAUGAUAUCCGCCGAAAUCCGCGUUCAAGUUCAAGCCGAUCUUAGCUUCGUGUGCGAUCGUUCUCACCUCUGUGGGGUAGUCGGAUACUCACCUCACCUGACGGCGCGCACGCGCAUCGAUUCAAAAGUCCAAGAAAAGCGAAAACACUUCGCUGGAACUGCUGAAGCCAAACGCAAGCAAGCCGCGCUUCGCUGUCGCCUCGAAAAUCGCCUGUAACUCAAACCCGAUAUCGCCUCGAAAUCGCGCGCUUUUCGAAUCCUGCGAUCCUGCCAGAAUAUAAACAAAAACCUACUAUAAUGCUGUUCACCUGUUGAACUCUGUGACUGUGUCUCGAUCAAGAAGCUUUAAGUCCUUCCCCCAAAAAAACCAAACAAAUUAAAGCCUACUUAACAAAAAUCUUAACAAAUAAAUCCCUUAAAAUGGCCUGUUUGAGCACUUCCGGUCGCGUCGUGUGCGGUUCGCGUCGCCAGCAGACGCAUAAGUUGCUCUAUCAGUUAUUCGGGUCCCGGCCAGGAUAUACAGCCCCAUCCCAAUCGACAGGAUUCAGUCCACCCAGAGUUCAGCAGCAGGCCAUGCGUCUCUGCCACGGAUUAAGCUUCAGCAUGGGCAGGGAUUAUGCCGAUCUGCUGCCAACCACCCACAAAUGCUCCCAGACGAAUAUGAGGCAGCACAGCUCGGUCGGCACACAACAGCCGGCUGGUCCUGUGAGGGACUUCCAGAUCGAUCCUUACAUCAUACUCGACGACGACCUCAAGUACUUCUACGACGAUGUGAGAUAUCUGCUGAAGUCGGGGACAUCCCAGCCAGAGCUGGACACCAUCGCCAGCUAUUACUUCGAUGGCCAGGGAAAGGCGCUGCGACCCAUGGUUACCAUGCUGAUGGCCAAGGCCAUAAACUAUCACCUGAACAACGAGUCACACCAAUUAGUACACAAACAGCGACAGAUCGCCCUCUUCUCGGAGAUGGUACACUCGGCCAGCUUGGUGCACGACGAUGUCAUCGAUCAGUCGGACUUUCGACGCGGCAAGCCCAGCGUGAAUGCUCUUUGGAACCAUAAAAAGGUCACAAUGGCUGGUGAUUACAUCUUAUCGAUCGCCUCGAUUAUGAUAGCUCGACUGCGCAGCGAUGAUGUGACGAUCGUGCUGAGUCAGAUCUUGACCGAUUUGGUCCAAGGCGAGUUCAUGCAGCUGGGCUCAAGGGAAACGGAGAACGAGCGCUUCGCCCAUUAUCUGACCAAGACAUACAGGAAGACCGCAUCGCUGAUUGCCAAUGCACUGAAGGCGACCGCUGUGAUUGCCCAGGCUGAUGACAACGUGGCCGAGGUGGCCUUCCAGUAUGGACGCAACAUUGGCUUGGCCUUUCAGCUGGUCGACGACAUGCUGGACUUUGUCUCCUCCACCGAGCAGAUGGGCAAGCCGACGGCGGCGGAUCUGAAACUGGGCCUGGCCACCGCCCCCGUUCUCUUUGCAUGCGAGAAGUACCCCGAGCUGAACCCCAUGGUGAUGAGGCGCUUCAGCGAGCCCGGCGAUGUGGAGCGGGCCUUCGAGCUGGUGCACAAGUCACACGGUCUGGAGCAGACCCGAUUCCUGGCCAAGAAGCACUGCAACGAGGCGAUACGGCUGGCCCAGGAGCUCACGGAGUCGCCCUAUCAGAAGGGCCUCCAGGUGGUCGCCGAUUUAGUCAUCAACCGCAUGAAGUAGAGCCGAGUCCAUGCACCUGCACCCUAACAUAAACCAUACACGUAAUGCAAUAAUAAUAGAGUUAUGUAGGCCACACUCGAUGUUUCGAUUAAGUUCGGCUCAGCCACGGGCUGACUUGUAAACAAGAAUUAUUAUUUAGUUUUUAGGCAUUUGUUGUUGACACUGUAAAUAAUUGCAUAAAGAAACCCAAUCAACACACACUAAACGGCCACGUUCGCUGUACAUAACUACGAGAUGUUCAAUGAAUUUUUAACAAAUUUUAUAUGCAAUGUUUUUCGAAGGAUUUAUUAAUAUAUAUACGACAUGGAGAUCGAAAUACGAGCAGAGCCAACCAAGCAACAAUAAGAAAACGGGAAAAUUGUACAAAUAUUUCUUCAAAAUAAAAGAAAUUAAACGGGUUGCCCGCCCAGCCGAGCAACAAUGAGGAACUACCAUUAGAGGGAAAAUGUUUAUUAGUCAAUGCAACAAAGAAGCGAGUGUGUAAAGCGAUAUUUAUAAUACGAAGCACGGAGAACACAAACGGCUUAUUUUAAAUUAAAAUCUUGAUUUAGGGCAUUUCAUGCCUAAAUGGUUCAAUGGUCUUUGCCUGCACUCUUUUCCAAGUCCUUCCGACCGCACAAAUUGCUUUUUCAAACCGAAAGCCCGUAGUUUAGCUGGAUUAAUAAAACAUUUUGAACCAUUCGCGCAUGAAAUGCAUAUUAUAAUAUGUUCUGUAAGAAAUGUAACGAGGAUUGUACGUGAAACAAUGCUGCCCAGUCUUAAUUUUAAUCCUUCCUUCUCCGCCUCUAAUGCAAUAGUAAAUUAUAAGAAACCUAACACAAAAUCGAACAGAAAGCCCCAUUUCGGAAUGCCUAAAAAACUCUUCUUAGCCUAAGUUUUUAUUUUUAUUUAUAAACACAACCUCAAUUAAGUCAGUCAGCGAAGUUUGUUUUUGUGUAUCGUUUUGGAAGAAAAACACCAUUGGGCUCCUUUACAGCCCGGUCUACACUGAGAAGAAGAGAAUGCGAACUAGACAGAGCAAAUUGCUAGGCCUGGCCAGUUCAUCGAUUCAAAUGGGUGCUGAAGACGAUUUCCCCACAUGUUAAAAUAAUGAUAAAGAUGUUGAUAUUGAUACUUGUAAUUACGAUAUUUGUAUGCUUAAAGAGAUGAAUAAAAAUUCGAUUUUGUAAAACAAAA